UCCCCCACCGAAACCACCCCGCGCCCCCUAUCCUUGCGGCGGCGCCGUCAUCCUCUGCCCCCUCUAUCGCCACCGCUCUCCGCUAGACACGGCUGGCCAGGAUCGUUGGCACCCGAAUCCUGCUGCCGCAGCACCGAUCUGUCCGGAUCCGCUUGCCGGAUGCUGGGAGGCUAGCGGUUGCCCUCGCCGCCUCCUCCGCCGGCCGGCGCCAGGUACUCGCAAGCAAGGCCGCGCCCAGAAAGCAGGUCCCGAGCGGGCCCUUCAUCUCCGGCAGCACGGUCAGCCCCACUAUGCCUCGUGCUCGCUCUCAGCCGCGCUCUGAAUCUUGUAACCCUGCCUGUCUCACCUGCACUAAUCCACAACUGUUCCCACGCACAAACCUUUUAUCUGAACCGAAACAUUCCCCUGUGUUCCCUAUCCAGUCUUCACAAUGGAAACCGCCAGCAAAAGCGUCACCAAUGUCGUGCCCUCCAUGAAGCUGCUCAAGGUGGACGGCUACUGUACCACCAAGACCAUGGGCAACGAGGACUGCAUCAAGUCCACCUACAUCAUUGGUGGGUAUGAGUGGGAGAUCUGCAUCUACCCCGCCAUGAUGCCGCGCGCACGCGACGGCACCCCGUGGGUGGCGGUGAAGCUCGUGUUCCUCAGCGAGACCUGCCCGUCCAUCGUGAGGGCGAACCUGAGCUGUCGUCUGGUUGAUCCGAGAAGCGUGCUUCGACCGUCUGAAGAAAAGAGUGUGUCAUGUAUAUUCAACCGUUCAUGGGUAUCACGUUGUCUGCAGAUGUUCUUGCCUUUCGUCGGUGAAGAUUGUUCGCUUCCAGUUCGUCUCAUGUCGACGGGCACCCUGGCAUCAUCCGGUUAUCUCAGGAAUGAUUCUUUUACCGUGCUAUGCGUCGUCACCGUGCUGAAGGAGGAUUUGCCAGCACGAGCAACAACAGUGCCAGGUAAAGAAGUGCCUGGAUCAUCACCUAGUCUGCAGAAGCACCUUGCUGAGCUCCUGCACACUGGGUUGGAAGCAGAUGUCACAUUUCUCGUGUCCGGCAAGUCCUUCGCUGCACACAAGGUCAUCCUGGCUGCAAGGUCCCCUGUACUGAUGGCCGAGUUCUUUGGCCACAUGAAGGAGACGAGCUCUCAGUGCGUCGAGAUCAAGGACAUUGAUGCGGUGGUAUUCAAACCAUUACUUUACUUCAUCUACACCGACUCUGUACUGGAAUUCGAUGUUCAGCAUGAGGCGGUCACGAUGUUGGCUCAGCAUUUACUUGCAGCUGCUGACAAGUAUGGACUGGACAGGCUCAAGGAGAUCUGUGAAGGUAAGCUCUCUGAUGGCAUCAGUAUCGACACGGCAGCGACAACUCUGGCUUUAGCUGAGCAGCAUAACUGCCCCAAACUCAAGGUGAAGUGCGUUGAAUUCAUAGUUAGUACUCCUGAGAUUCUUCAUGCUGUGUUGGCGACGGAUGGAUAUAAGCAUCUAGAGGCAAGCUGUCCUAUGGUGUUGCCUGAGCUUCUUAAGUCUGCGCGGGGCAGAAAGAGUUGAAGGGUAACCAUAAUACUGCUAAUGAUGCAAGAUUUUAUCAUGCCUGUAGUCUCUGUUUAUGGUUGCCAUGCAUGUGUGGUCUAGUAAGAACCCUGUGUCUGUAUUCACCUCAAAUUGAAAAACUUAUGCUCAUCUACUUAUGUUAUGACCAACUUAUUGCUUGCA